AUGUUAAAAAUUACUCUAUUCACUGAAAUGCUCCUAAUUAAUUAAAAAGAAAAAGAUUAAUUAAAGAAUGAUNCAUUAACUCCUUUGGUUGAAGAAAUUCCAGUUUUGAAUAUAGAACCAAUAAUUGUUUAAAGAAUACCCAAUAAAUUUGAGUGUGUUGGUUAAUUUCAAAGUAUUCUUUUGUGAUGAUUAUUUCUAGGGGACAUUAAAGAAGCUAUGAAAGCAUUAGAUGAGGAAUAUUCUAAACUUAAUCCUAGUGAUCAAAAGGUAAAAGUUAGUGCCAAUUUAACAGUUUAAAAAAGACAGGAAUUAUAAAAAAAGAAAGAGUCCUUUCUUAAUGAAAUAAAUUAAUCAGGGAAAUAUAAAAUCCUUUAGGAUAGAUUGAGAUCAUCUAUUAUUAGAGUUUGUAUUGAUAAAUUUGCUAAGGAAGGAUUAUUUGUAGGUGUAAAUAAAGAUGAAUAAGACAGACUUUUUGCAGAACUAUAUGUUUUUAUGAUGGAAGAAAUGUAAACCACACUUGGUGAAUACGUUAUUAAUAAUAAAGAAGACAUUCAUGAAGACUUAUAUUAAACUUAUGAUUAAAAUCAAAGAGAUAGAGAUGUAGUGUUUCAAUCUUUGAAAGAAUAGGCAUUUAAGAAAUUCAAAAGAUUUGCUGAAUAAUAUGAAACAAUCAAUUAAGUUGAUUAGGCUCUGAAAUAUUAUACUAAUAUGGUUUUAGUGGAUCCUAAAUCAGCAACAAUUUUUGCUAAAUAUUGUUUCAAAAUUCAGAGAUUUAAAGCAGCUGAAUAGUUAAUCUAAAUGGUUAGAGAUAUAGAAUGGAAUAAAGAAAAUGAAUUAUUGAUGGCUUGUCUUUACAUUAGAAGAGAACGAUUUAAAGAAGCCACUAAUAUUGUUUAAGCCUUACUCUAAAAAGAACCAAUAAAUACACUUUUCAAUCUCUUAAUGUCCUUUAUUUAUAAGCAACAAGGAAAUUAAAAUAUGGCUGACAAAUAUCUGAGAUGCACAUAAAGAAUUUUUAUGAGAACAAUGGGCUUACUGACUAAAGGGUAUGAUUUCUAUUGUUUAUUUAAGAUUUCCUAAACAAUAACCAGAUCCUCAUGUAUUACCAAAUUUCAAAUAAUAAAUGAUAGAACAAUAGGAAAAAGCUAAGAAGGCCCCUGUUUUGACUUAAGAAUAAACUGACUAAAUACAAUUAGAAUUAAUUGAGUAUUUUGCAUCUCGUAGCUUAUUUGAUCUAGCUGAAAAAGCACUUGUGAAUAUCAAAGAUAAAACAACUCAAAAAAUUAAUAUAAUCAAAGCUUAGAUUCAUAUUUUCAAUGAAAACUAUGCAGAAGCUCAAAGUCUAAUUCAAAAAAUCUUAAAUCAAAAUCCAAAAAAUUAUGAAGUUUAUUUAAUUAAAGGUGCUUUAUGCUAUCAAACAGAUCAAUUUUAUGAAGCAGAAGAAACUUUUUUGAAAGCCUUAUCUAUUUAACAUAAAAGAUCUUUUGAUAUUCUAUUAAGAUUGGGCUAUUUGUAUUUGAAACGUAAGUCUUGGCAAGAUGCAAAGGCUAUCUUUGAACGAGCCUUAGAUUAAUAAGUUCCUUCAAAUAGUUCCUUAACUUGGUUAGGACUUGGAAUAUCAAAUUUGAGAUUGAAAGAUCCUAUUGCAGAAGAAUGUCUUUGUCAAGCUAGUAUUCAUGAACCGUUUAAUGGUGAAGUAUGGGGAUAUUAAGCUCUGAAUUGCUUGUAACAAAAAAGAGGUUAGUAGGCUAAAUAGUGUUUAUAAAGAAUGGAAUAAACAGAAGUAAAUGACCUAGAUUUGUUGAUUGAAUUGGCGGAAGAAAUGAACAAAUGCUAAGAUUUUGAAAGCUGCCGAUAAAUAUUGAUGAGAGUCUAUAAUUCAAAAGUCAAGAUACCUAAUAUGGGCUAACUAUUAAAGAAUCUGGGGUAGGUGCAUGCAGAGUUAAGAAGAAAAGAUGAAGCCAAACAGUAUUAUGAGGAAUCAUUGUAAUAUUUGGAAAGUGGUAAUGAAAAAGCAAAAGUAAUUUAAGAAAUGAAGCUUUUGUGA